UCAGGGAGGAUAGUCAAAUAUCCAUGUUCCAGCUGCCCAUCUUAAAUUUCAGCCCCCAGCAGGUCGCGGGGGUCUGCGAGACGCUCGAGGAGAGCGGCGACGUGGAGAGGCUCGGGCGCUUCCUCUGGUCACUCCCCGUGGCACCGUCCGCCUGCGAAGUGCUCGGGAAGAACGAGUCCGUCCUGCGCGCGCGCGCUGUCGUGGCUUUUCACGCGGGCAACUUCCGCGAGCUCUACCACAUAUUAGAGAACCACAAAUUCGCCAAGGACUCGCACUCGAAGCUGCAGGCGCUCUGGCUCGAAGCGCAUUACCAGGAAGCCGAAAAACUCCGUGGGCGUCCGUUAGGACCCGUGGACAAGUACCGCGUGCGAAAGAAGUUUCCGUUCCCUCGGACAAUAUGGGACGGCGAACAGAAAACCCACUGCUUUAAAGAGAGAACGCGGCAUCUUUUGAGAGAGUGGUACCUGCAGGACCCUUACCCGAACCCGAGUAAAAAGAGGGAGCUGGCGCAGGCGACUGGACUCACACCCACACAAGUGGGCAACUGGUUUAAAAACCGGAGACAGAGAGACCGGGCGGCAGCGUCCAAGAACAGGCUACAGCAACAGGUUCUGUCCGGUGGCUCGGUCCGAUCGCUGGGGGACGAUGACACUACAGUAGACCGUCUGGGUGCUGCCUCAAGCCCAGAGGUCAGUCUCUCAAGCAAGGCCGCCACUUCCGCCAUCUCCAUCACCUCUAGCGACAGUGAAUGUGACAUCUAACGUGACAGGCUUCAGAAGAGCAAACAGAAGAACUGUAGGAGACAAUCAAACAACAAAAGCGAA